GAAAACGUUGAAAGGUUUUUUUGCUGUAAGAGUGCUGGUGAACACUGCUACACCUUACGAUCAACCCAGUGGUGCAAUGUCCCGUCUGCUGCACGCAGAAGAGUGGGCUGAAGUGAAGGAGUUAGGAGACCACCACCAUCACUCCCAUCCCCAACAACAUCACCACAACCAGCCGCAGCAGCAGCCGCAGCCAGCUCCGAAUCUUCCUGGGAGAGAGCACCAAGGCUAUGCUCCUGGGCUGUCGCUCUUGGACAGCACCGAUCCACGCGCCUGGCUGGCUCCCACUUUGCAGGGCAUCUGCACGGCACGCGCCGCCCAGUACUUGCUGCAUUCCCCGGAACUGAGUGCAGCUGAGACCCUGUCCCACCACGACGAGGUGGACUCACGGAGGGAACUUGUGAGGAGGAGCGGCAGUAACAGUAGCAGUGGCAGCAGUGGAAGCACCAGUAGCCUCAGCAAGAGUCCUGGUUCGGUGAAAGUGCGGGAGCAGUUGUGCAAACUGAAAGGUGGGUUGGGGGUGGAGGAACUGAACUGCAGCAGACAGAGAGCCCCUUCCAGCAAACAAGUGAAUGGGGUGCAAAAGCAGAGAAGGCUGGCUGCCAAUGCCAGAGAAAGGAGAAGGAUGCACGGUCUCAACCAUGCUUUCGAUCAGCUGCGCAACGUUAUCCCGUCCUUCAAUAAUGACAAGAAACUCUCCAAAUAUGAAACUCUGCAGAUGGCCCAAAUCUAUAUUAAUGCCCUCUCCGAUUUACUGCAAACACCUAGCGGUGGAGAGCAGGCGGCUCAGCCACCAGUAUCCUGCAAAAACGACCACCACCACCUCCGAGCAUCUUCCUACGAAACUAGUCCAGGCGCGGCCAGCACUUCUGCAGUCUCCCCUGCCCCCGGAGGUGGAUCAAGACCAUCUCCGCAGGGUAACUGCAGGACACGCUUCUCGGCCCAGACCUCUGCGGGAGGUUACUCGUUGCAACUGGACGCUCUGCAGUUCUCAUCUUUCGAAGAAACCGCUCUGACCGCUAUGAUGGCGCAAAAGACCCUGUCUCCUUCUCUGCCCGGAGGCAUUUUGCAGCCUGUGCAGGAAGAAAGUAGCAAAACUUCUCCCAGGUCCCACAGAAGUGAUGGGGAAUUUUCCCCUCGUUCUCAUUACAGUGACUCGGACGAGGCAAGUUAGGAAGGUAACAGUUAAAACAAAGUAAACCAACACAAAAAACAAAACCAGAGUUGACUCUUAUCAAAUACCGGGAAAGGCGUCUCACUUUUUUGUUGCUACAUGAAUUUACCAUUGUCUAGCAAAGACUUUGUCACGUUUUUGCAACAUUCGGUGGCUUUACAACCCCCUCCCCUCAUAUUCUUGGUGAAAAUUGUUUGUUAAUGUUGUUUCCUUUGUUUCUACCUUCUGGCCCUUUAUAGAUAUAUACAAUUAUGUAUAUUUUUACAUCAAUAGUCUAGUUCCCUGCUGCCAAUAAGCUGCUUAAAAUCAGCAGCUUCACUUCCAUUACUAAUUCGGGUUUAAUUUAUUUUAUGCCCUGGGCAUUCCUGUUUUUCGCGUGCUCAUAUGUGGGCGGUAGUCUUCCGAAGUUAUAUUUCUAAUUUUUUUUUUUUAUGGGAAGCAAGAUGCUUAUUAAGAAUAUACUUUUUGGAUGUGUGUAAUUGUCAAAC